AUGCCUCGAAGGUCCAAGCCGUCGUCCCCUGGACCGGAUUGCAACAAGGUGGACUUGGCCUCCAUCAAUGUUGACACGCCUCUCCAUCCCCAGGUUCAACUCCGCCGGUCGAACCGCGGCCUAAUCAAGGCCCUCCAGCCCCAGGACGUCGUGGCGCCAACAGCAGGGAACAUGUUGGGGCUCAAGCCCCCCGAAGGAGACAACGUGAGCAAACAGGAAAUGCAAGAGCGCAAGGAGACGCUAAAGGAGGAAAUGCAGCUCGCCAUUGAGGGGCUCGCUAGGAUGGAACGCCGGCUAAGGAGCGCAACAAAGAGGCAGAAACUUCAAAUCGAGGAAGAGAUCGAGUCCUCAGAGCCACGAAUCCCAAAGGCAGCCCACGCCGAGCCUGCCGGGGAAGCCAUGAGGUUCGUAGAACCGACAACAGCACCGACAAGCGGAGGGCAGCUGCCCACCCCGGGCGAGGAGGAGAAAGAUAAUUUUGCCCGGGACAUUACAGGAGGAGCCGGGCAUGAUCCCGAGAGCGUUAGGAUAGACACCCCAGAGGAGGCACCCGAUGUCCCUGAACGGGGUGCUGCCAGAGCGCCGCCAGUCAACAGUGGCUAUCUGCCCUUACCAUGGAAAGGCCGUCUAGGCUAUGCAUGUCUCAACACAUAUCUUCGCUCGGCCAAGACGCCCGUCUUCUGCUCCCGGACCUGUCGUAUGUCCUCCAUCAUCGACCACCGGCACCCGCUCACAGACCCGUCCCAGCCCGAGCACUCGGUCAAAAACCGGCCAGACAAAUCCAAAGAGCCUUCCGAGCAGUUGGGGCAGAAGUUCCUACAGAACCUCGGCCUCACCAACGCCCGGGAUAUCAUCCGCAUGCUGCGCUGGAACGACAAGUACGGCAUCAAGUUCAUGCGCCUCAGUUCCGAGAUGUUUCCCUUUGCUAGCCACGAGGUACACGGCUACAAGCUGGAGCCCUUCGCCUCCGACGUGCUCGCCGAGGUCGGGAGGGUAGCCGCCGAGCUAGGCCACCGCCUCACCACCCACCCCGGCCAGUUCACACAGCUCGGCUCGCCCCGCAAGGAAGUCGUCGACGCCGCUGUCAGAGACCUCGAAUACCACGACGAGAUGCUAUCCCUGCUCAAGCUCCCCGACCAACAAAACCGCGACGCCGUCAUGAUCCUGCACAUGGGGGGCGUGUACGGCGACAAAGCCGCGACCCUCGCCCGCUUCCGCACCAACUACACCACCCGACUCUCCCCCUCCAUCCAAGCCCGCCUGGUCCUCGAAAACGACGACGUCGGCUGGAGCGUGCACGACCUGCUCCCGACCUGCGAAGCCCUCAACAUCCCGCUCGUGCUCGACUACCACCACCACAACAUCAUCUUCGACCCCACCCAAUGCCGCGAAGGCACCCUCGACAUCAGCGCGCCCGACCUCCAGGCCCGCAUCGCCGCCACCUGGUCCCGCAAGGGCAUCCGCCAGAAGAUGCACUACAGCGAAGCCUGCGCGGGCGCCGUCACCCCGCGCGACCGCCGCAAGCACAGCCCCCGCGUCGCCACCCUGCCCCCUUGCCCGCCGACCAUGGACCUGAUGAUCGAGGCCAAGGAUAAAGAGCAGGCCGUGUUUGAGCUGAUGCGCGCGUUUAAGCUGCCCGGGUUUGAGCGGAUUAGGGACAUGGUGCCGCAUGACCGCGCGGACGAGCCGCGCCCGCCGCCGCCGGCGGUGAAGAAGAACGCCACGCCCAAGAAGAGGCAGAAGCCGGCGAGGAAUUUGAAGAGGAAACGGGCGCCCGAUGAGGAGCCGGUGGAAUUGAAUGAUGUGGGGGCCGGCGCGGAGGAUCGGGAGUAUGCGGCGCCUGGAGGGAGGGAGGUGGCAGAGGAGGAUUAUGCUAUGGGUGGGCCCGAGGGGAGGGUCUAUUGGCCGCCGGGGAGGGAGGAUUGGUUGAAGCCUAUGCGGAAGGGGGCUAAGGCGUUGAGGGUGGAGGAUGUUGAGGAGGAGGAGGAGUGUUAA